AUGGCGGAUGGCGAGGAUCCGGAGAAGAAAAGAAGGAGAAUAGAGGAGCUGCUGGCUGAGACAAUGGCUGUUGAUGGUGGGUGUGGGGACACUGGAGACUGGGAAGGUCGCUGGAACCAUGUAAAGAAGUUCCUCGAGCGAUCUGGACCCUUCACACACCCUGAUUUCGAACCGAGCACUGAAUCUCUCCAGUUUUUGUUAGAUACAUGUAAAGUUCUAGUCAUUGGAGCUGGCGGCUUAGGAUGUGAGCUCCUGAAAAAUCUGGCAUUGUCUGGCUUUAGACAGAUUCAUGUUAUAGACAUGGACACUAUCGAUGUUUCCAACCUAAAUAGGCAGUUUUUAUUUAGGCCUAAAGAUGUUGGAAGACCUAAGGCUGAAGUUGCUGCAGAAUUUCUAAAUGACAGAGUUCCUAAUUGCAAUGUAGUUCCACAUUUCAACAAGAUUCAAGAUUUUAACGACACUUUCUAUCGCCAAUUUCAUAUUAUUGUAUGUGGACUGGACUCUAUCAUAGCCAGAAGAUGGAUAAAUGGCAUGCUGAUAUCUCUGCUAAAUUAUGAAGAUGGUGUGUUAGAUCCAAGUUCCAUUGUCCCUUUGAUAGAUGGGGGGACAGAAGGUUUUAAAGGAAAUGCCCGGGUGAUUCUGCCUGGAAUGACUGCUUGUAUUGAAUGCACACUGGAACUUUAUCCACCACAGGUUAAUUUUCCCAUGUGCACCAUUGCAUCUAUGCCCAGGCUACCAGAACACUGUGUUGAGUAUGUGAGGAUGUUGCUGUGGCCUAAGGAGCAGCCUUUCGGAGAAGGAGUUCCAUUAGAUGGAGAUGAUCCUGAACAUAUUCAGUGGAUUUUCCAAAAAUCCUUAGAGAGAGCAUCACAAUAUAAUAUUAGGGGUGUUACAUACAGACUCACUCAAGGGGUAGUAAAACGAAUCAUUCCUGCAGUAGCUUCCACAAAUGCAGUCAUUGCAGCCGUUUGUGCCACUGAGGUUUUUAAAAUAGCCACAAGUGCUUACAUUCCCCUUAAUAAUUACUUGGUAUUCAAUGAUGUAGAUGGGCUGUAUACAUACACAUUUGAAGCAGAGAGAAAGGAAAACUGCCCAGCUUGUAGCCAGCUUCCUCAAAAUAUUCAGUUUUCUCCAUCAGCAAAACUACAGGAGGUUUUGGAUUAUCUAACCAAUAGUGCUUCUCUGCAGAUGAAAUCUCCAGCCAUCACUGCCACAUUAGAGGGGAAGAAUAGAACACUUUACUUACAGUCAGUAACCUCUAUUGAAGAACGAACAAGACCAAAUCUCUCCAAGACGUUGAAAGAAUUGGGACUUGUUGAUGGACAAGAACUGGCAGUUGCUGAUGUCACCACACCACAAACUGUUCUAUUCAAACUUCAUUUUACUUCUUAAGGAAAAUAAAUCUGCACAUAAUGGAAAACUCAAGGAAAUAAUAUACUUCAUGGAUGCUAAGAAAUUUAAUUGAUGUCAUUUUUAGCAUUAGUGUUGCUGGAAUUUGACUUUUUUUAUAUAAUGAACCACUCUUUUUUAACUUUAUAACUUUCCCUUGACAAAAUUUUGGGGUUGAUGCUUGUAAGGUAUUUUCAUUAAUAAUUGGGGAAAUGCUACCUGGAGAGAGAGAUUUGAGCAAAUGUAUUGCUUCUUUUAGAGGGGGAGGCAAACUGUCUUGUGUGUGAAUUUUGUUAUUAUGAUCAAAGAACACAUUCCUCAGCCUUUAUUUGAGCACCCACUUAUUCAAAAGAUGUCCCUUAAAAAAAUAUAAGGAAUUAGGUUUUAUAUAACAUUAAAUAUUACCACCAGACAUCUAGAAUAUAUUGAACAUAGGCUGUUUCUUGGUUUAAUAUUCAUUUAAUUGUGGCUAUCCAAGUGAAUAUUGAUUAUUGGGGAAUUUAUCUUGUCCAUAAUAAUUUGUAAAUGAUGUUAUAGCUGAAUACCUGUGCAUGAAAAUGGGAAAUAUUUUUAUGUGUUUAUUUGCAGUAUCAUAGAAGCCAAUAUGCACAAUAUUAAAGCCAAGACAUGGCUGUUUAAUGUUUAAACAGUUAUCACUGAUGCUUUCUCACUCUUUAUUAAUAAAAUCAUAUAUUGUCAAAAAAAAAAAA